AUGAGCAAAACAUCGAAAGACUUACCUUUCUCAUCUAUUAUAACUCAAGUAUCAAAAGAUGAUGAUAAAGAUCGAUCAAUGCCAUUAACAACUACAGUUGUAACUAGUGGAACUUCUCAAACAACAAAUGGAACUAUAGCACCUCGUUCAAGUCGAAAACAACGUAUUAUAUCUUUAUUAUUCUGUUGUUUGUGUGGAUCUUGUCGACGUCAACAAACCAAAACAGCAUAUUCUUCAACAACCACUACUCCUGCAGCUCAUGAGUGUGUUGCACUGAAUCCUGAGAGAAACACACAUUUAGAGUCAAAUGAAAAAUUUUUAUUACCAAUAUUACGUGAUAAUGAACAAACAAAAAUAUGUUUAGUUAUUGAUCUUGAUGAGACACUCGUACAUUCAGUAUUUAGACCUGUAUCUAAUGCAGAUUUUGUUGUUCCUGUUGAAAUUGAUGGACAAGUACAUCAAAUUUAUGUUACAAAAAGACCACAUGUUGAUGAAUUUUUACGUCGUGUUGGAGAAUUAUAUGAAUGUGUUUUAUUUACAGCUAGUUUAGCAAAAUAUGCUGAUCCUGUAGCUGAUUUACUUGAUCCACAACACAUAUUUCGUUCAAGACUUUUUCGUGAGUCUUGUACAUAUUAUAAUGGAAACUAUAUAAAAGAUCUUAGUCGAUUAGGUCGAAAUAUUCGAAAAGUAAUCAUUAUUGAUAAUUCACCAUUGUCCUAUUUAUUUCAUCAAGAUAAUGCCGUCCCUGUACACAGUUGGUUUGAUGAUAUGCAAGAUACAGAAUUGCUCACACUUAUCCCUAUAUUCGAACGACUUGCAUCAGUUGAUGAUGUUAUACCUGCGUUGCAGGAAAGUCAUCAUCAACGAGCAAUUAUUUAG